UUCUUUGUUCAAACAAGCUUAACAUUCACAGACAAAAAAGAAAAUCACAAAUGGAGUCCUAUGAGUCCAUUCUAGGAUCAGAAUGGAGUGCUUUGAAUGCCAUGCACUCCACUGAAGAAUCCGAUUUCAUGGCGCAGUUACUUAAUUACUGCUCCAUUCCAAAUGACUUGCAUAAUUCUGGAUCUCAGAACACUGAUGUUCAUCAUUUUCCAGGAGGUACCAAUUUUUAUCACCUGACUUCAGACCAUGGCAGCUGCUAUGCAGGCAAUUUUGAUCACAUCUUGGCAACAUAUGAUGAUUUCAUUCUCUGCAAUGAGGAAGUGAUAGAAGAGAACAAAUCGCGUGUUCAGCUCGAACAAGAAGAUCAAGUGCCGGAGUCUGAAUCAAACAAGGAUGCUGUAUUCAGAAAUCCAUUGCAAAAAUCUAAGAAAAGAACUACCAACUCGAGAGAGGUUCAGAAGAACAAGAGAAAUGUUAAGGCCAAGAAGAAACAGAAGCAUACAAAGACUAGCUGCACAAACAAGGAGCAAAAUGGUUCAAGCAGCUGCAGCUCAGAAAAUGACUCCAUUGCUUCACAUGAACUGAAUGGAGUUGCAUUGAAUUCUUCAGAAUCAAAAGAAGCUAGAACAAUCAAUUCAAAUGGUCAACCGCGCGCUGUUAGGGGAUCAGCAACUGAUCCACAAAGCCUGUAUGCAAGGAAACGUAGAGAGAGGAUAAACGAGAGAUUGAGGACCUUGCAGAACCUUGUUCCUAAUGGAACAAAGGUCGACAUCAGUACAAUGCUUGAAGAUGCCGUUGAGUAUGUGAAGUUCUUGCAACUCCAAAUCCAACUCUUGAGCUCUGAUGAUAAGUGGAUGUAUGCACCUAUCGCGUACAAUGGAACUGAUGUCAGGACUUGAUACAAACAUCUAUCUUUAUUGUAUCGAUAAUUUCUUUCCGCAGAGUGUUUAUUCUUGUUAGUACUUACACAGAAAUGGCCUUUGUUGCAUAUUUUUACCUUGCUAAAACGGCUGUAUCCUAAUAACAGUCCCCAGUAACCUCUGUUCCCAGUCCCCAGACUUGUAUACCAUAUUAGAUCUGUUUCCAUACAUGUAUCCGAUAGUGAGUUUACAUGGAUGGACAAAAAGAAGGAACUUUCUCGAUUUGCACUACUAUCUGCUCAUUCAUCUGAAGCUCGACCGAGCACGAGCAGUUGUGCCUUCGACAAGUUUUAGUUGGCUGCCAUGUAUUCAAGUGCGAGCAAAAAGAAAAAUCUGUUGAUAAUGAGCAAAAGAAACGUUCGCCUACUCUCCACAGUAAUACUAAACUCUAUUAGGUUGUUAGGUACCAAGAGUGCAGCAAA